UUCCAAGUAGAGGAAAGUCAGGGGCUCGUGUGUCAACAUCCAGGGUUUCCCCGGGGAGGUGUAACGUUAACGUUAUUCCCCCAAAAAAACAGACGAAGAAAAAAAAGCAGGAAAAAGAACCCUUGAUGUUUCUUUGAAGACUCCUUUUUUUGUGUUUAUUAUUUUGUCGUGUCGUCCUCGGAGCCAGCGGUGUGUUUUUUUCUUUCUCCACCGCGAAGACCAGAAGAAGGUCUUCGGCUCCCGCUGCUUUUACGUCAGCUAACGUGGUUUUAAACGAUGACCGAGGACAAAGUGCGAGAAGCGUCUCCGAUCAUUUAAUAAUAUCUAAAAGGGUGGGGGCUGUUAGCUUAGCCAGCAGGCCCGGAGACUCUAAUAAACCAACGGAGGAGGGGGGGACACACACCUUGCUGACAUGAUGUUUCCUCAAUCAAGGCACUCGGCAUCCUCUCAGUCCAGUCAACCUCUCAAGUUCACUACUUCCGACUCCUGUGACCGCAUCAAGGAUGAGUUCCAGUUCCUCCAAGCACAGUACCACAGUUUGAAGUUGGAGUGUGAUAAACUGGCCUCUGAGAAGUCAGAGAUGCAGCGUCACUACAUUAUGUACUAUGAAAUGUCCUAUGGGCUGAACAUUGAAAUGCACAAACAGGCUGAAAUCGUGAAGAGACUGAACGGCAUCUGUGCUCAGGUGUUGCCUUACCUGUCACAAGAGCAUCAGCAGCAGGUCAUGGGCGCCAUCGAGAGAGCCAAGCAAGUCACACCCCCUGAGAUGAACUCUAUUAUACGGCAACAGCUGCAGGUGCAGCACCUGUCCCAGCUGCAGGGUCUGGGCCUGCCGGUGGCCCCGCUGCCUCUGGGCCUCACUCCGCCCUCCCUGCCCGCCGUGUCCUCCAGCUCCGGCCUGCUCUCCCUCUCCUCCAUCCUGGCCAACUACUCCCACGGCCAGGCCCAGGCGGUGAAGGAGGACAAGGCCCGGGAGGCCGCGGAGCAAGCGCCCCGUGGGGAGGACGGGGACAAGUCAGACUAGACGAGUCGGGAGGUUUGGAGGGGGG